CGAAUAGGACCGAUCCAAGAUGGCGGAUGAGUGUUUUGGCCCGUACGUGUCAGAAAUUAUGUCUUAGGUCUGCGUCUUUUAUUCACCACCCGCAUAGCCUUCCUUAUUGUGUACUUGUUCAGUGCCGCGACGAAUCGAUGCAAGCUCCUUUUUCGAUGUGAAUAGGUUGGUGACAGUGAAUGUAAUUGCAAAUAGUUUUUUUGUCUUGAGCUUGGUUUGGAAGCUAUCUAUCGCGUCGGGUGCGUUUGGGCGAAGCCGGACGUGACUCGAAGCGAUAAGGUGUGGUGGGAGAUUUUCUACUUCCGUACUUUACAAAUCCAAUUAAUUUGAGACAUUUGCGUAGUGAUUGGAGUGUUAACUGAGUUUCCCUGAUGUGUUGACUACAUACUCCCUGCAUUCCAUUUCCAACCUCCUGCAUGGGAUAGGUGAAAAAUGUCACUGUUUAAUUUUGGAAGAAAAGUCAAGAAGGUCCUCCACAUUGGAGGGACAGGUGGAGAAGCCAAAAAGAAAAGGUUCUACAACAAUAUCAAGAUCAACAUCAACCCAGCGGAUAUUUGGGAGAUUGUCAGCGAGCUUGGAGAUGGUGCCUUUGGAAAAGUGUACAAGGCCUUGCACCGGGAAAGCAAGAUUUACGCAGCUGCCAAGAUCUGCAAACUGGAGGGUGAAAAUGACCUCAACGAUUUCAUGGUGGAAAUUGACAUCCUGACCGAGUGUCACCACCACAAUGUUGUUGACAUGCACGAGGCCUACUAUUGGGAAGGCAAACUCUGGAUGCUGAUAGAAUACUGUGAUGGAGGAGCUCUGGACUCUAUAAUGGUGGACCUUGACAAACCGUUGACAGAGCCCCAGAUUGCCUAUGUUUGCCAGAACAUGGUCAGAGGAUUGGAGUACCUCCACAAGAUGCACAUCAUCCAUCGAGACUUGAAGGCUGGCAAUGUUUUGCUGACCAUUGAUGGUGGAGUCAAAUUGGCUGAUUUCGGUGUCUCUGCCAAGAACAAGCACACGCUGCAGAAACACGACACGUUCAUUGGUACCCCCUACUGGAUGGCCCCCGAAGUAGUCUCGUGCGAAACAUUCCGUGAUAAUCCUUACGACUACAAAGUUGAUAUUUGGUCUUUAGGUGUCACAUUAAUCGAAUUGGCCCAGAUGGAGCCACCUAAUCACGACCUGACCCCAAUGCGAGUGCUUUUGAAGAUCCAAAAAUCUGAUCCACCCCGACUUGAUUGUCCUUCACGAUGGUCUAGAGAAUUUAACGAUUUCUUGUCCAAGUGCCUGGUCAAAGAUCCGACACAGCGGCCCACGGCAACGGAGCUGCUACGACAUCCCUUUAUUGCCUGCACGCUCGACUCGAAGAACAUCAAGGACCUGCUGAUCGAGUACAAGGCCGAAGUGGUGGAAGAAGAGGAUGUUGACGUCGACGAUGCGCACGCCACAGAAUCCAACGAUGGCGAUACCAUCUCAGUACAAAGUGAGGCCGACAGCCGUAAAUCAUCGGUAGUCACACCUGAUGGGCCUCCUAAAAAGCAUUUAAAAGGCCCAGCACCACCACCGCCAGUCUUCCAGUCACCGGAACCUGCACCACCGCCAGUAACAAGUCCAAGCAAAAGGCCUCCCACACCAGAGCCUACACCACCAAUACCUGAACCUACGUCUUCAAAGAAUGAUAGUGUCACCCCGAAACCCUCUACGCCCCCGCCCAGCGUUACGGUUACAGUAACUAGUCCAGCCGUUCAGGUUAGCCCGGACGCCAAACCGACGUUACAACAAACUGAACAAUUGAGCAUCACCUUUGAUGGCUGUGAAUCGUCGACGGAUGAUUCAUUGCCGUUUGAAACCCAACCACCACCUGUUGAACGUUUCGUAAGUGUCGUAAGUGUUGUUAACGUUACGGAAGACAAACAAGAAACGGACGAGGAAAGUCAAAGAAUUGGCCAGAAACUCGACGAGUCUGAAGUGCUCAUCCUCAACACUUCGAGCGUCGUUUCCAACGGUGUAGGACUCGAAACCGAGUCGAAGAAUGACGACAACGAAACCCCCCAAAAAGUCAAGCCGGACGAACCGGAACAACAGCCAAGCAACGAAGCAACGGACGAACAGGACGGACGACACAAUGCCGUCCUGGAAUCACGUAGCGAUGUCUCUUGCAAUUUGUCACAAGUUUCCAGUCUGUCGCGUUCCAGUUCAGGUAGCGAACGAAGCAGUUUGUCGGAAAGCCGAGAUUCGUCCGUCAUUCACACGUCCAUCAUUGUCGAAGGCAUCACACAAGAAGCAACAGACGACGAUUCGUUUGUCCCGUCUGACGUUGCCUCUUCUACAGAGAUAGUUCCUCCAUUGCCGGCCAAAGAAAGAUCCCGAUCACCGAGUCCACCCAUUGUAAAAGAAGAUCCAAUUAAAAAGGAAGUUGAUGAAGAUGAAGAAGAAAACGCGGAACCGAUCGCGAGUCCCAAUCGAAAAGAGAAAGCCGAUCCUACUGGAGAUUCUGGAACAGGCACGGGAGGUACUAGUAUUCCUAGUACGCCCGAUUCCGUCUUCCUUGAACGGACCCUAGAUCGUUCCGAUAUUGAAAGCACAUCUGGGACGGGCACAACGGGAAGUCGCAGUAGCCGCAAAAGUGACUCUGUCAUUGAUGUGGAAGACAACGAAGUGGUACUACGCAGUAAGCCGGCCUCAGGGCGUAGUUUGAGCACAGUCAGUAACGGGACGACGGUCACUUCUGAAAUAGAACCACUGGAAUCCGAGCAGUUACCAGCCCGCCGCACACCUCGAACUAAAGAAGAAAUUGAAUUGAGCAAUCUUAAGAAAAAGACACGCAAACGAACACGUCGUUUCGAAGUCGAUGGUGUCGUUGUCACCACGACCACCAGCAAGGUGUUUUACGCCGACGAGAAUGACGGCCGUAUCUACGACGAACACCUGCUGCGCAAACAGGAACUGCGCGAGCUGAAAAUGCUGCAAAAAGCGGAACAGAAACAGUUUCAAGAUUUGACGGUCAAGGCCCAAGUGGCCCGUGAUCAGCAAGAGCGCCGUUUCGAUCAGGAGACGACCAGCUUGUUGCGAGGCUACGACACGGAACUGGAGACGUUGACACGGUCACAGAAACAGCAAGUGGAACGAGCCGAACAGCAGCAAGACUCUGAUCUUCGCCUCACCUCGAAAAAGAUCCGCUCCGAACAGGAGCGCGAAUUAAAAUUAUUUCGCGAAGGAUUGAAACAAGAAGUUAGACUGUUGAAGCAAGAGUCGGACCUGCUACCGAAAGACCAGCGCAAGACGGCCUUCCGCAUUAAGAGGCAACAGCAGGAAGUGGAACAGGCCGAUAGGGAACGUUCUUUCCUCGACAGUUUGAAUCAAAGCCACGAGACGUCUUUGCGCCGCUCGAGUGACGGCCAUCGCGAGAAAAUCGCUCUGCUGGAACGGCAGUUUCUGCAGCAGAAACAGCAGCUGCUCCGUUCCCGCGAGUCGGCCAUGUGGGAACUGGAGGAAAGGCAACUACACGAACGUCACCAACUGGCCAGAAGGCAGCUCAAGGAGAUCUUCUUCCUUCAACGCCAUCAAAUGCUCGUCCGUCACGAGAAGGAACUGGAGCAAAUCCGUCGGUUCCAAACCCGCAAAGAGGAGGAUUUGCUGAAGCGACAGACUAUCGAACGACGGGCACUGCCCAAGCGGAUUCGAGCCGAGAUGAAGGCCCGCGAAAUGAUGUUUAGAGAAUCGAUGCGUAUUUCAGUCAACGCCGCUUCUUUGCCUAGCGGCUUGGCUAGCCUGGCUGGUGCCUUAAAUUUCCCCGAGACGCCGGAGAACGAACGCGAAAAGUUGCGCAAGUUCCAGGAGCAGGAGAAGAAGCGCUACAAAGCCGAGGAGCAGCGUUGCGAGUUGAAACAUCGUCGACAGUUGGAGGAACUCCGCGCCGCAGCCGAUUCUUCCGUCAAAGAAUUGGAGCAACUGCAGAACGAGAAGCGCAAGAUGUUGAUGGAACACGAGACGAUGAAACUCAAAUCGCAAGAGGACGAAUACCAGUCGGAGCUGCGCGAGUGGCGGGCAAAGUUGAAGCCGCGGAAGCAGAAGCUGGAGGACGAUUUCGCUUUGCAACUGGAAGAGCAGGAAAAGUUUUACGGCCAUUAUCUGGCUCAGGCGAUACCGCCGUUAUCUCCGCACGAGCUGACACCCGACACGGAAUCGCAUCACUCGCGGCGGCACAGCUCCCAGCGGAGUACCAGCUCGAGCGUUUCUUCCGUCUCGGCCGACGGCUCAUAAGUUAUCAAAGCUUCAAAGAUUCGUUUAUUCAUCUUCCCCCUUUUUUUUAUCCCAAGAUGCAUAGAACUGUGUUGUGUCAAUGACAGUUUUUGUCGCCCCUCCCUUUCAAAAGCCAUUUUUUUUUUUCGCUAUCUAUUUUUUUUUCUUGUUUUUUUUUUUAUUAAGAUUUAAUUUAAAAAGAAAACCUUCAGCUCAACCAUUCAUCACCCUCUCCUUCUAUUCACUAUAAUUUACAAAUGAAAUUAAUAACAGUUCUAAAGGGUGUGACUUUCUGAUUCCUAGUUUCGUGGGAAAGAGGGACUCUGAACUACCGAAGCCCUCACAACAAACGACACAUGCAAUAAAUAAUGACCUAGUUACCGUACUAA